AUGAACUGUUGCCAAGAUAUCAGUGAAAAACAUAAUAAGGAUAUUCAGAUCAAACGAACUUUAAGAGAAUUUUAUAAACUUGAUACGCCUACUACUCAAUUUGUAACACAAGUACCAAAACUUGAUACAGACAACUUCGAUAUUGAGCAGUAUGCUAAAGAUGUUUUAUGUAAUAAUCCUCAAACUUUGUUAAAUCUAGAAAAUACAUUAAUCCAAGAAAUACACAAUUUAGAAUGCGAAAAAAAAAUACUGGUUUAUGACAAUUAUACAAAACUUCUCUCUGUUGGAGAUGCCAUUCAAAAAAUGAAAAAUAAUGCAAAACCUAUGGAGUCGGUUAUUGCUAUAUUAGAACCAACACUUGCACAUAUUGGAACACUAUCGACAUUGUUAAGCGAGUCAUUAGUACGAAAAGAGACAAAAGAUCUAUAA